AUGCAUCAAGUGAUAGUAGUCUGUACUCUGAACAGGCUACACAUGGGAGUACACCUGCUCCGGAGGAACUCGAUAAAUAUCAAUAUCAGCUCCAUGCUAUACAGCAAAAUCAAGAUCAAAACUCACUUUGAGCAGUUCUAUUCACGCCUCGGUCGAGCCCCCCCGAGUCUCGGUCAUCUGGAUCUAGCAUCUAUCCCGCCAUCGUCCACAUUGGCGACUGCAGCCCGGGGAGCUCGGCAGCCUUAUGUGCCUCAAGCCAAGAUCGGUAACGGCGCCUACGGAACGGUCUAUCGAGCAGUUCAUUCCUACACCGGAGCUUAUGUUGCGGUCAAGGAGAUCCACAAGCUGAACGAACGGAGCUUGCAAGAACCAGCAAUUCUGCAAAGCCUCUCUCAUCGCAACAUUGUCAAGUUUAUCGAGUUCAUCUCGAUGGGUCACGAUAAUACUAUGAUAGUGAUGGAACUCGUUCACGGCCCCAACCUAGAGAUAUCUCAUCAACAAUCGCCAUUCACACUAGAUGACACCUGA